AUGCUGACCUUAUACUUCUUCUACUCUCCUCGCGCGCACGCCCCUCCCGUCCGGGCCGGAGGAGAUGGACUGCCCUGCAUUCUCAUCGCGGCAGCUCCUGGUUUUGCUGCUUUACGGAUGGACACGGCGAGCUGCGGUGAUGGCUUAUCCGACCACGGUUUCCGGCAAACGCAGCAGCAGCAAGACCCGGCGGUAAACAACGGAUUUGGACAGUGCAGGGUCGGGCAAGAGAUUUGA